AUGUAUUACAAAGGAUUAUACCAUUUUUUCUACCAAUCCAAUCCAAAUGGUUCUGUUUGGGGUAACGUUGUAUGGGCCCAUUCGGUAUCGGAAGACCUAAUCAACUGGACCCCACUAGAUCCAGCAAUCGAACCAUCGAAACCAUUCGAUAAGUACGGUUGUUGGUCGGGGUCCGCUACGGUCCUUCCAGAUGAGAAACCGGUCAUUUUGUACACUGGAGUAAUAGAUAUGAACCCUGAACCGGGUUAUCAAGUCCAAAACUAUGCAAUACCUGAAGACUAUUCGGACCCGUUCCUAAAGAAAUGGAUCAAACCGGACGAUAAUCCCAUCAUAAAACCAACCAAAGAGAAUGUGUCUGCUUUUCGUGACCCCACAACGGCUUGGAGGCUCAACGAUCAAUGGGAAAUGACUAUCGGUAGUAAGGUAAAAGAUGAAGUUGAAACUAGAAAAUUAUGUUAA